AUGGAGACUACUACGCUAAUAUUAUUGUUAGCUUUAUUAUUACACUAUAGUCUAGUUAAUAGUGAUGACUUACACAAGCCAGAUAACUUCAACGAGACAGAACUUAUGGAAAAUCACCAGGAGAGGAUGAAGAUGGUGAACGCCUUCUUCAGAGACCUUAAAAUAGUAUUAAACAAAAAUAAAAAACCGUUAAGGAGUAUGAAAGAAACAGAGAGAAAUGACAAAGUAGUGAAAGAUCCAAAAAUACCGAACCUUCGAGCUAGAUUAUUCACGACUAAAUCUAUUCAGACUAAAAGUAAUUUAAAACUUCAUAAAUUUCCAAAUUACGUCAGCAAACCUUUGUUCCCGAUUCCUGUACUAACUGAAAAUGUUUUACGUACUUCUGCCACAUCUGUCUCUACACCUAAAACUACAAUUAUAAUAAAUUCUACAACUAAACCAAGUUCUGUUACAUUAAAGCCUAAACAGGUCGGCCAUGCUUCUACGUUUACAUCUCUUAGUAUUCCAAGAAAUUUCUUUGAUAAAAUAUUUCAAAAAGUGACAUUUUCAACACAUCGAGUGCCUGAACAAUUUACUUUUCGUUCAGUUAUCUCUCCUAGCAAACCAACUUCUAAAACUGUUGCAACUAAAUCAUCUGUUUUGACUACUUCAAAAACUAAGUCCACUCGUCCAUCGACAUUAGCUCCUACUAAAGGAACUUCACCAAAUAUUACUUCUAACAAACUAGCCGUAGUAAAAUUUAAUCAGAUAUAUAAUUUAAAAGAAGAGGUUGAAAGUUUGACCUCAAUAAAAAGUACUUCAUCAUCUAUGAGUACAACUCCAUCCUCUAUGAGUACAACUCCAUCCUCUAUGAGUACAACUCCAUCCUCUAUGAGUACAACUAGUAUUGGACGAAAGACCUUCAACAAUAUUUCUACAUUCAUACGGGAACUUUCCUUUUAUCAAAAAUUACAUCUAUUUACACCUAUUUCUAGAAUCAUCUAUGAAGUCACUACAACCUCUUCUCCACCUAAAACAUCUGCUUCUUUAGCUCCUUUAUCAAUACUUGCUAUUUCAUAACUUCUUCUCCUCUUCAGUCCAAAAUUCCUCCUCUUGCGUCGUGGUCUUACAAAACAACAAAUAAGUUUCAUAGCUUAUGGCAGCAAGAGAUGACUAAUUUCUUGUCUUCUAAUAGAUGGAAGAUAAAAGCAAGUGAUUUUACAAGUAAGCGUUUUAUUACCAUUGUUAGGUAUAGAACUCUGUAUGUCAGUCUCUCAUAUAGAGCGACCGAUAUUUGCCAAUAACCUAAUAAAACCGCAACAGAUAACACCACGAUGGUACCAACACUUUGUACAAAAUAAACCAAUAAUACACCACGGAUACAACCUCACACGACGUCCUAGACUGCACAGACAGAGGCACACACACAACAAAAAAAUAAGACAUAAACAUAUCAGAAAAGUAAAGAAGUACUACCCAAUGUACCUAUCCACAAAACAACGUAACUCUACUAUAAAAAAUUUCUACGGCCAUCUCCAUAACGAGUCAAUUGAAUAUUAUGAAUUUAGUACUUUUAAAUCGACAAUAAUUGAUGGUAGACCUGUCUAUCUACCUGUAGAUCCUUUAGAAGGUACAACACCAGUUUCAAUUCUUACUCCAUCGACCAAGCCUCCGAAUCAUCGUUACUACGAGAUGAUGAAGGAACUGGAUGAAGGAUAUAUGAUCGUUUUCUUAAUAGAACUUUGUAGAAUAAUUUCUACAAAAGAUCAGAAACAUGUUCAAAAUGUCAUUAUACAUACGGAAACUAUAAUCAAUGAGCUACAGGGAAAUGGUCGGUUGGUCUGGUUAGACAGCCCGUUAUUAGAUGUCACUAUAAAACUAUCAAGACUUAUAUCCGAAGCACCAAUCGAUCUUGUAAGAACUUACGCAGCCAUGAUGUACCACAUGCUACGUGUGAGGAAGAUAGAACUCUCCGUCGAAGUGAAUUCAAUCAUAGAUUAUGCAGAACUUAUGUACGAGGAUAAAGAGGGAGACUACCUGUUCAAUUCUCUGAGAGAAUUCGAGGCAUUUCCUGAAAUAUCGAAAUCUGGUUACUUAGUUUGCUCCACCCUGAUUGAAAACUUCUUAAGUCCAUUUCGUCGCCUCCACGGCACGAAACGACGACAAAUAUUAUUAGACUCUAUCAAUAAAGCAAUAAAGGAUAGAUUUCCACAAAUCUCAGUGAAAACUGUCAAAGAGAAGGACUUAAAGCACGGAAUAAAAGCAAAAGAGAUGCAGCAUUGGCCGAAAUUCCGAACAAUCUUAACGUCGGACGAAUCAUGUAUAUCAACUUCAGACUCGGAUAGCGAAAUUAGGAGAAAAAAUCGUUUAAAACGUAAACAGCGAAGAAUUCGAGAACACAACUUAAGAAAAGAGGCAAGAAAUCGAAAUAGACACAAGUUAAAUAGACGACAAAUGAAGAAUAACGAUAAUGAAUACUUAAAGUUUAGAAGUAUUACAAAAACACAGAUGCGUUACAAAAUAGUAUCUUCGAAAGAUCACUUGAAACCAACCCGUGAGAGAACUACAAAAAUUACACAUUGAAUCUACAUCGCAGACCAACUAAAGAUCAAUCUGUAACAAUCACACCUCUGUAUGUAAAUACACCAUUCCCUUACUUCCACGAACAAAAAGACUAUUUUAAUACAGAAGAAAACGAAGUCCAUCAAAGAACUGACGAAAAACGACUACAGCGCCACCCUAAGCAAACUAUUGAUUUUAAAAAAUUACAAGAUUAUUACUACCCUUUCGACGAGUAUUUUAGACAGUCGGAGCCUAAGCCUGUAAAAGUUGUUAGUAAAAUAACAAAUACAUGUUUAAAGAGAAUCGUAGAGGCUUCAAGUUAUAGUGACGAAGAAGAUUCUUUGAAAAAGAAUUUGAUCGAAGCUCUAUUUUACAAUGCGACGUCUACUACUGAAGCUACGAAUUCAUAAUUUCUUUG